UUUUUGAAAUUAAGAGCUAUCAUAAAAUAAACCAAAAUCAAGGAAAAUAUUCCAAAUAAUUUCUAAAUAUUGAAAAGCUAUGAAAGCUCUGUUUUCCAAGGAAUAUAGUACAGAGGAUAUUAAAGGCGAAAGUCGUAUUAGAAGAUCAGUACUCUCUAUGAAUGAACUGGUCGUUAGACCAUCUCCUGAUAUUAAUACGAUCUAUGAUAUUUUAAUAAGAUCUUAUAAGCUUUAUGGAUCAAGAAACGCCUUUGGAUUUCGUAAAAUACUUCAAGUUCAUACGAAAAAUAAAGAACUAACAAAAAUUAUCGGUGGAAAGGAAAUAAAGGUCCAAAAAGAUUGGAUGUAUUAUGAACUUAGUGAUUUUGAAUAUAUUACUUAUAAAGAAUUUUAUGAAAAAGUACAUAAUAUAGGAUCAGGGCUUCGUUCGUUGGGGUUUCUAAAAAAUGAUAGAAUUUCAAUAUAUGCAGCGACAAGUGUUGAAUGGUUAACAAUGGCAUUUUCAUGUAUUUCUCAAGCAUUAACAAUCGUUGCAGCAUAUGAUACUCUUAAGGAUGGGCUCUUAUCUUGUUUUCUCGAAACUGAGAUUAAGGGAAUAUUUUGCGAUGCAACUCUUCUUUCAAAUAUUGUUAUUUUUCUUAAAUCUAUUACUACUUUGAAACUUAUAAUAUAUCAUGGAAAGCCUCAAGAAGAUGUUCUUGAAUGUUUUAAAGAAUAUAAAGAUCUAAAGGUUCUUUCCAUCGAAGAAGUAGAAUCUUUUGGUAAAAAUAAUCCAGCAGACCCAGAUCCUCCCUUGCCAGAUGAUCUUAUUUGCAUUAUGUAUACAUCUGGAUCUACCAAUGUUCCUAAAGGGGUUCUUAUGACUCAUAAAAAUGUUGUUGCUGCAGUUUCUGGAAUUACUUUUGUAUUUGAGUCGUAUAUAGACAGUAAUGACUCUGUUUUAUCUUAUCUUCCUCUUGCGCAUAUUUAUGAGUUUGUUUUUGAGAUAUUUGCUUUUUAUUCUGGCCUUCUUAUUGGUUAUGGAACUGUAAAAACUUUGAGUGAUGCUAAUUGUUUGAAUUGUAAAGGUGAUAUUCAAGCAUUUAGACCUACGAUAAUUACAGGAGUGCCUGCUGUUUGGGAAAGUGUGCGAAAAGGAAUAAUUGAAAAACUCAAUUCUUCUUCUAAGAUAAAGCAAAAGUUGUUUUGGGCUGCGUAUAACAUCAAAUCUCGUCUUUUAUUACGUUCUGUUCCUGGUAUUGGCAUUUUAAAUGCUCUUGUAUUUAAACAUAUAAGAGUUGCUAUGGGUGGACGUCUUAGAGUUAUUUUUAAUGGCGGCUCUUCUAUUUCAAUAGAAACUCAGAAAUUUUUGAGUACGGUUUUGUGUCCUAUGCUUAUUGGUUAUGGUCUUACCGAGACGUGUGCAACAUGUACAAUCAUGGCUCCUAAUGAAUUUUCCUUAGGAACUGUUGGUUCUAUUUCGACAACUCUUGAAGCUAAGCUUGUUGAUGUUCCGGAUGCUGGAUAUUUUACUGAUUCAACUCCACAACAAGGAGAGAUAUGGUUUCGUGGCGCGCCUAUAUCAAAAGGCUAUUUCAAUCGGGAUGAAGAAGAUAAAGAAGUAUAUACAGAUGAUUUUUGGUUUAAGACGGGAGAUAUUGGUGAAUGGACAGAAAAUGGACAACUUCGAAUAAUUGAUCGAAAGAAAAAUUUGGUAAAAACAUUAAAUGGAGAAUAUAUUGCACUAGAAAAAUUGGAAUCAGUUUAUCGUUCUUGCAAUAUUAUUAGUAAUAUUUGUAUUUAUGCAGAUCCAUAUCAUCUCAAGCCUAUAGCUAUUGCUACUCCUUCAGAAGCUCUUAAAAAGAAUCUCCUAGAUAAUGGAGUAUCAUUCGAAGACGAUAUUUCUCUUAUUUGUAAAAAUAAGGAAGUUCGCUAUUUUGUUUUAAAUGAGUUAUUAAAAAUAGCAAAAAAAAACAAUUUUGCUACAAUCGAAUAUUUGGAAAAUAUAAUUCUUAUUGAUGAAGAAUUUUCUUCUCAAAACGGUUUGUUAACAGCUGCACAAAAAUUUCAAAGAAAAAAAAUUUAUGCUAAAUAUAAAGAAGAAAUUGAUGCUGCUUUUCAGGGUCUUUAA